AUGAUAAACACCCUAUUGGAUAAAACAUUUUUUGAGAAUAUUAGAUUUAUAAACAGUGAAGUAACAAUUAAAGGUUAUAAUGAUUUACAAUUUAUUCAAAGCUCUUUUGAGAACUGUCGUUUGACAUUCUGUAAUGAUACACACUCGGUUGUUUUAUUCACUAUAAUUCAAUUCACGAAUUGCACUAUUAAUGGUGUUUACUUAUCAAAAGAAUCGGGAGACUUUUACAUCUUUAAUGGAAGUUUUGUGAAAGGUCAUAUUUACGACGUGAAAGAAGAAGAAGUUGAUGAUAUUUGGAAAAAAAUUACCAUAGGGUUUGGUGUUGUUUCCGGUGUGUUACUGAUAGUUGUUAUUGGUCUUGUUAUUGGGAUGAAUAUAGUCUUAAAGACCAAGAAAAAAUCGGAAUACAACGACAUUUAA